AUGAGGUCUCACUUCUCAAGACCAGCUGAUGGGUUUUCAAAUCAUCUUUUCGCGCGAAACAUUUACCUUAUUAUUGAGAAGUCAUGGAUGACGCCUCCGCACCGGAUGAAGCAGAUGCCAGAGGAUGAGAUGCGGCAAAGAAUCAUCCACCUAUAG